UCAAUUUCACGUAUAUUGAGUAAUUGGCGGGGGGAGUUGACCCAUUCAACUUUCAUCUCUUGUCCCUUUAUUUUAGCUUUAAACAGCCAGCUCUAGUCUUUACUACUCUCUCUACGUAACCUAUAAUUGGAAUCCAAAACAAGUUAGCGCAAUUGAUCGGAGCUGAUCAAGAAAAGACACUCAACAACACCUCUCAUAAUUUUAUAUUUCCAGCCACCGGAAUCUUUUAUAUAGUACGGACACAACUCUUUCUUCUAAUUAAGCUAUGAUUAGCCCUUUUCUAUUAAUAAUAAUAAUAAUAUAGAUGGCUCUAUGCUUUGGCUUAAGACUUUUAAUCACAGCAAUCCUCAUCUCAUUGCUUCACUUUCUUUUCUUUCCUUUUCCCCUCUCCCUUCCAAAACUCUUCAGUGUGUGGCUUUAAUUGAGGUUUUGAACCCUCUUUUGACUCUCUUCUUUUCCGUUGAACACCCAGAAACUAAAUGCCUUUCUUCACUUCAUACUUUGCUUGAAUUACAGAUUCCAAUCUUGGCAACUCGUUUGGGAUUUUUUUCAUCAAUUGCAAAACCCGUUUUCAAUGGCGAUUUAGGAUUGAACUCAGUACUAACUCUCCUACGAAGAAACUGACCACCGACUAAAGCAAGAGACGAUGGCGUUAAACGAAAUGUUCGUCGGAGAAAUCGUAACGGAACUUCUUAAGCAGUUAAAUGCUAUCUCACACAAAUCCUGCUUCUGCAAAUCUAGUGCGGACAAUCUCAUCACAAGCAUCCAAGAACUCCUUCCCAUUAUCGAAGAACUCAAAUACUCCGGAGUCGAACUCCCUGCUUUCCGUCAAUCUCAACUCAACCGUUUUUCAGAGACGUUACGUGGCGGCAUCGAAUUGGCCGGCAAAGUCCUGGAAUCUGGCCGAUGGAACGUCUACAAAAACCUACAGCUGGUAAGGAAGAUGGAGAAGCUUGAGAAACAAGUGGAGAGGUUCAUUAGCGGGCCGAUGCAGGCCCAUCUAUUAGCUGACGUGCAUCAUAUGAGGUUCGAAACGAUGGAACGGUUCAACCGGUUGGAACAGCGGCUAGAUUCGAUGAAGACUGGAUCGGGAAGGUGGGUUGAAGAAGCAGUUAAGAGAAUGGAAGUGGAAGGGGAUUCUAAUCUGGGGGGUUUUAGUGGAAUUGGUUUGGAAUUAGGGAAAGGUAAGGUGAAAAAGAUGAUGAUUGAAAGGGAUGAUUUAAACGUUGUUGGAAUUUGGGGUAUUGGAGGAUCAGGGAAAACAACUUUGGCUAAUGAAAUUUGUAGAGAUAAUCAAGUUCAAAGUUACUUCAACAACAGAAUUUUGUUCUUAACGGUAUCACAAUCACCAGAUCUGGAACAGCUGAGGGCAAAAAUAUGGGGAUUUAUUACAGGAAACGAGCCUUUGAAUUAUACAAGGAAAUCGCAGUGUGAGUGGGGAAGUGGACCGCAAGCUCUAGUUGUUUUGGAUGAUGUCUGGUCGUUGCCAGUACUUGAACAAUUGAUUUUCAGGGUCCCGACAUACAAAACCCUGGUAAUUUCAAGAUUUAAGUUCCCAAGACGUGUUGUUAAUGAAGUUUAUGAAGUUGAGUUGUUGGAAGAAGAUGAAUCAAUGUCCCUGUUUUGUCAUUCUGCUUUCGGACAGAAGUCGAUACCUCCGACAGCCAAUGAGACUUUAGUCAAGCAGAUUGUUGAUGAAUGUAAAGGACUUCCUUUGGCACUUAAAGUCAUCGGAGCUUCCUUGCAAGACCAACCUGAAAUGUAUUGGAUAAAUGCAAGGAAAAGGUUAUCACGAGGAGAACUGAUCUGUGAGUCCCAUGAAAAUAAGUUGCUUGAUCGAAUGGCAAUCAGUGUCGAGUGCUUGAAGAAGAAGGUUAAGGAAUGUUUCAUGGAUUUGGGAUCAUUUCCAGAAGACAAGAAAAUCCCCCUUGAUGUUCUUGUAAACAUGUGGGUUGAAAUCCAUAACAUCGAUGAGGAAGAAGCUUUUACCAUUCUUUUGGAGCUGUCUGAUAAGAACCUACUCACUCUGGUGAAAGAUGCACGGGCUGGAGAGGCAUAUUGCAGUUACCAUGAAAUCUGUGUAACUCAACAUGAUGUGUUGAGAGACCUUGCUCUUCAUUUAAGCAAUCAAGGAGAAGUGAAUGAGCGGAAGCGGUUACUUAUGCCUAGAAGAGAUACCGAACUUCCGAGAGACUGGGAGAAAAAUGCAGAUCAACCGUUCAAUGCUCAGAUUGUUUCAGUUCAUACAGGAGAAAUGGGGGAAAUGGACUGGUUCCACAUGGAGUUCCCUAAGACAGAAGUACUCAUCCUAAAUUUUUGCUCGGACAAAUACUUCUUGCCUCCUUUCAUAGAUGAUAUGCCCAAGCUUAGGGCACUUAUUGUCAUAAACCGUGGUACAACUGAAGCUACACUUGAGAAUUUUUCAGUUUUUACUAAUCUAGCAAAUCUGCGGAGCCUAUGGCUUGAGAAAGUGUCCGUUCCUCAAUUAUCCAAUGCUACUGUUCCAUUGAGGAACUUGCGGAAACUAUCCAUGGUUCUUUGCAAGGUUAGUAACAGCCUUGAUCCAGCAGUGCUCGACCUGCCCCAGAUCUUCCCUCAUUUAUCCGAGCUCGUAAUUGAUCAUUGUGAUGAUUUGGUUAAGCUACCAUUAAGCUUUUGUAAGGUGAAUUCACUUCAAAGUCUGAGUCUAACCAACUGCCAUCGAUUACGGGAAUUACCUGCUGAUUUAGGUAUGCUGAAGAAACUACAGAUACUUAGGCUUUCUGCUUGUCCAGAACUGAAGAUGCUCCCUCCUAGCAUCGGUGAGCUAGUCAAGUUAAAAUACCUUGAUAUUUCAGAAUGCGUUAACUUGAAAUGUCUACCGAAGGAAGUAGGUAAAUUAGUUAGCCUGGAAAAGAUAGACAUGAGGGACUGUUUACAAAUAGUGAAUCUACCGACAACGGCUGCUUUAUCGAACUUAAAGUCAUUACAACGAGUUAUCUGUGAUGAUGAAGUUUUUGGUCAGUGGAGAAAUCUGGAAAAGACAGUGCCAAACCUACAUGUUCAAAUUGCAGAGAAAUGGUAUAGUCUGGACUGGCUGAAUAGCUGAAACAAUGCAUGUAAUCUAUCCGUGAAUAUCAGUGUACAUAAAAUGUUACGAAUUUUGCAAUGUUUUUUAGAUUAAUGUAACCAUUAACCUUUCUUUGCUACGAGGAACAACUUUUUUUUUUUUUUUCUCCUUUGCAAGUAAAAAAGGGGCCAAAAGGGAAAAGGCGACACGGACAACAGCGUGGAUGGGCGGCUAGGAAGCGUAGAUGAGAUGGGUGACUUUGGGAUUGGGGAUACCUAUUAAAAUAAUUAUUUUUAUUUACUUCAGAUUAGUCACUUAAGUUUACAUGUUAUAACAUUUUAUAUUUAUUUUAGUCACUUUUAUUUUUCAUUGAAGGGUAAAA